AAAAAGGCAGGAGGAGGAAAGAGUGAGCAUGCUGUGGGCUGCUCAUCAGCUUGAAAGCUAUAGAAUAUUCCCCCUUACUCACAGCGUGGUAGCUGUAAAGGACACAGACUCACCGUCCAGAUCAGCUGUUCUUUAUUGUCCCCAUUCUGGAGAACUACAGCUUUUAUGGAAACCCUGAAUAAGCACCUGGAAUACCUUGGGGUUUGUGGAGAUGACACAGAUGCUGAAGAUCAGAUCCUUGAAAGUUUGAAUGGGAUUCUCCUGGCUAUUACUGAAGACAAGCAGAGAUCCUUCCACCUACUCAGAGGGAGUGGGAUCUUCCCAACUUUGGCAAAAGUCCUGAAGGGCAAUCCACGAUGUGCAGUGAAAGCAGCCCACGUGCUCUCAGAGAUAGCCAAAAAUGAGGAAAUGAAGAAACCAUGUAUUGAAGCAGAUUUGGUUCCAACACUGAUACCCUUGCUGGAGAGCACAGACCAAGAAAUGCUGCUGCACGCUGGGAGGGCCAUUGGCCGUAUCUGUUACGAUAACCGCAGCCUUCAGGAAGAGCUGGUGAAGGUUGGAGUGAUCCCAUCCCUGGUCCGAAUAUUAACUGACUAUGCAGAGAGUGAACCACUUGUCCACGUUGCUCUAUUGGCCUUGUACAAUCUGGCAGACCUUGAUUCAGCCAAGGAAGCUCUAAGCAUGACAAAAGUUGCUGAACAACUGGUGAAACAGCUGAGGAGAGCAGAGAGCCAUGAGAGGUUAGAAAUUGUCUUUGAGGUCCUGCAAUCACUUGCAGAAAAUGAUGCUCUAAAAGUGCAGUUGGUGGAUGCAGGUGUGCCAGAGGUGCUGUCCGAGAUCCUGCUGAGGCUCCAAGGCAGUUCCCAGGCUGAAGACACAUGCAUUGUGAAGGCUGCAUCAGAUCUCAUUGUCUCUCUGCUCCUUGGAGAUGGGAACUGUCUGCGGCUGUUCCAGCUGGGGGUCAUCCACCAGCUCCUGGACCUGCUGGAGAAGCACGUGCAGAGCGGGGACACCUCUGUCCAACAGGCUGCACUCAGCGCCCUGCAGAGCCUCGCUGUUCCAGUUGUCAGCAAGGUUCAGAUGCUGGAGGAAGGUGUCGCAGAGCGGAUCGAGGCGCUGCUAAGGUCAGAGAGCCCUCCCGUGCAGUUUAAACUCCUUGGGACGUUACGGACCUUAGCAGAUGGUCAAGCUGAUGCAGCCGAAAUCCUGGGCCAAGACCCCCUGCUGCUCAACAGGCUGGUGCAGUGGUGCAGUGAGAGUGACCACAGCGGCAUCUGUGGAGAGGCAAACCGGCUGCUGGCAUCCAUCCUGCACCACAACAGAUCCCAGGAAGUGGUCAAAGCCAUCCAGGCAGCACAAGGAGUGAAGCACCUGGUUUCCAUGACAACAAGUGAACACGUUGCCAUGCAGAAUGAGGCUCUGAAUGCCUUGGCAAUAGCAUCUGCCAUUGAUUUAGAAACUCUUGAAGAAUCUUUUAAAGAAUCACAGCUAGUUCAAAGCUUACACAAACUUCUACGAGAUGAUAACACAAGUCCUGAGGUGAAAUACAAUUCAAUGAGUCUUUUGUGCAGACUUCUUAAUUCAGGUGAUCUGAGACAAGAAAUUGAAGAGGACAAGAUCAAAGACACCCUCGAGCAACUCUGCAGUCACAGCAAUGCAGAUGUGGUCAAGGAAGCCAUCACAACAUUACAGGUUCUGAGAGGAGAGACACCCCACUAACCUCCCUUCUCCUACAAGCCAGCACUGCUGCUGAGGCACACACCACCAGCUUUGCAACCCUUGCAUUGGUCAUGCUGCUGCACAACCAACACUGCUGAAGCCCAGGUGCAGCUCCUGCUUUGAAAGCUGUGUAUAAAAGCCUCCUCAUUAGCACAUCUCUUUGGCCUGAUGCUUGCACCACUGCUGCUCCUCACUGAGCCACUAACACACAGCAGCAGGAAAAAGUCCUGUCAAACAAAUGAGGUAAAGAAACAUCACAGGAGAAACAUCAGGCAAUUACCACUUGUUACACAUUUUUCAGUGGCUUGGUUUUGUGAGAUUCGGAUACACACCUGCAAUUUCUUGUAUCAAUGGGACCGUUAAAUAAUUAUAUUAAAGUCUUAAGCUUCUAUCAAGCAACCUGAAACACAAGUUAGAUUAAAGCUGUAGCUUAAACAAAGGGCUAACUGGCACCAGUUCAACAUCUGCACAUUGUGAAUGACACUUCUGAGCCCAACUGUUAGGUGAACAUGUCAAAAUCAAAACCAUCUUUAAGCUAACUCUCCUUUCAAUCUCCAAUUUUAAAGCUCAUCUCUGAAACUGUACCUGCUCCUGUCACAAGUUACAUUCCUAAAUACUCAAGGCUACAGUCUUGUCCUGAUUUCAGUUGCACCUACUGGAAUGAGACUCUGCAGAAGCAAAGUUUACACAAAACCACAGUCAGUGAACGAAGUGCUUGGACAAGACACAGGAAUAAAACCAGUCAGAAAUUACAAGUGGGCAGGGGUGAGGAUGUGGAGGCAGCCAGCAUUCCAUUAUCACCCAUAAGAGAGCCUGGGUUUAACUUUAGAUAAUGGAAAAAAAGAAAUGUAGUAAAACAAAUGUCUCUGAACAUUUCUGUAGAAUCCUUUUGUGUUUAAAAAGGUCACUAGAUGAAAAGGUAACAGAUUCCAUUCCACAACUUGUUCUUACGGGAAAUUUUUGAAGCAGUUGAAGGUACAUUGCACAGUCAUACUGUCCAGACCUAGAAGAUAAAAUCCAAAACAAUGAAGUGGUAGAGACUGAAAAGCUUGGGAGCAAUUACUUUUUUUUUUUUAGCCAGCAGAAAAGCUAUUGGGAAAAAAAAACAAGCACUGAUCUUCAGAAACCUAUUACAAACCAGACUGUAUUUAGAAGUCAACAAGGCUUCAUGUUCUCGAUUUGAGAACAACUGGCUUAUGUCUGCAAACAAACAUGACAACUUUGUUCCUGCAAAAGCUUUCCCACUUGCAAAACCCAGCAGCACUACUUAGCCCAUGACACUAAUCACCAAAUAUCACUUUCUGGAGCAGCCUUCAGAAAGGGAAUUUCAUAAAACCAGCCCAGAGAAGUGACACUCGUUGAGUAACACACAAGUUUUGACCACAUAAUAGAAGAAAAGAAAAACAGCACUUUUAACUUUUUUUGAUGUCCAGAGAUUCAAUAGUUACUCUACACCAUUCUGCAGCUCUUCACUUGUUCAUGGCUUUCCAUUAAAAAUGCCAAGAAAAGCAUCAGUCUCAUCUGUUAUUCAACAAACCAGACUGAAAAGAAAAAAUAUAAAGAAUUAGUUUCAGCAAAAUACAAAAACAAGCAGCACCCCUGGACCUUCACCAUUUCUGGGUUAUCCACAAACUGCAGUCUCAGUAGCCAGUCUAAACCUUCAAGAGUGAAAUAUUAGUGACUGUAAGCAACAAAUCUCAGGAAUCGAACUCCAGAAGUAGAAAAUACUGAAUUUUAUUUAAUCAAAUUUAAGGCUUGAGAAAAAAAUAUAUUGAAAGUCACUCAGAAAAGCCAUCUCAGAAGAGGAGACAGGAGCUCCUUUCUCAGUGGCUGAACAAUGUUCAAACUGCCUGACAACGCACAGGCAGUAAGGGGAAGAAAGAGGGAAGGAUGGAAUGGGGAUACAAAACCCAAGGCAAUUCUACACAUAAAUCAAUGGCCACAUGAGCUCCAUGGACUGGAAGCACAAGUCUGUCCACAUGGCACUGCAUGAGCUCAAAGCUAAAGAUCUCUUGGGAAGAAACAUUCAGGUUUUCACAAGGCAACCCAAGGUCCUUUGGUCAUUGCACUUUUUUCAGUGCUUAUAUUCAUCCUCCUCCUCAUGUACAGGGAAACUGUGUCCAAAUGCAGUUAUAUCAAUAAAACCAGAGGCAGUUGCACUGUCAGACUGACAAAUACAUACAUUGCUUAACGGAAAUAAGUUGUGCUCAUUUCUGAGAAAUAAAGUGAUCACAUUGAAGUUUGCUUCUCUCAGUCCAGUUCUUCAAGUCUGACCUCUUUUGACAUCUUCAUCAAAAAACCCUGGUUCCACUGUAGUGUUGGUGAACUUGUUCCAAAUACAACCGCCGAAAUUCAACAUCAACAAUGUAUCAGACCUCUCGGUGAGACCACUGAAUUACUUUUCCUUUGAGGCUUCAGAGGCAGGCUCAUACCCAGCUGCUUUUGCUGACAAGACUUUUUUUUAGACCGUAACCUAAAUCUUUAGCCAUGAAGUCACUGCAGGUCCACAGUGAAGGUACUAAAUGAAACUAAGCAGAAAGUGUUCCCAUUACAAGUCUGAAAUUACACUAGCCACUUAUGGGCAUAAAGGGGCAAAAUAACCUAGAGCCCUAGGAUUUUAAAAGUUACACUGAAUAAGCACAGAGAAGUUUAUCCACAGUGGCAAAAAGGACAAAUCACUCCAUGAAUUUAAAGGUCCUCAAAUAAAUUGAACUUCUGUCAAAUUCAGUUCCAAAUAAAUGAAACACUGAUACAAAGGCUGGUGUUAAUAUGGACAAAGCCAUUAAGAACAAACUGUGGAAAUACAGUACUUCAGUUAAAUUCUGGUUUGCAUACAAAGAGUACUUCCAAAAAACCCAAGUAUUAAUUAGUCUUCAGGUAACUUGGCAAGAUUUGCAGACCCUGGAAUCCUAAUCUGUAAUGCUGGCUCUUGUCAGCAGCUAAUUUCAGUGCAUGAACUCCACAGCCAUCUUUGACACCAGAAUGAUUUUUACCAAAUCACUGGAAUUCCUUCCUAGCAUUAGGAGCUGGCUGUGUCAAAAACUGGCAAAGGGAAAUGUACUCCCUAGCUGGUGUUUUCAAUGCAAUGUUUUAUGACUAAAAGGUUCCAAAUAGCAAUCUUCCUUCUCUGAUUUUACACACAUCAGAUUAUCACACAUAACCUUAACCAAGUAAAUUGGCUGAUGAGGUGUUAAAAGUUUCAAGCACCAGAAUUUAAAGCAAAGUUUGCUGGCCACUGCUCUGCUGCUUACCAAGUUGUAGUACAAUCACACAUUUCUGGCUGCUCCUUGUGGAUCAGAUUCAACAAACAGGUAACACAGACCUCAAAUUCACAGCUUUACAGAAGAAAUGCCUCUUGCUCUCCCCUCAGUGAUCUACUGCUAUUGUUUUCUUGUUGUACACCAAAAUUAAAAAGUCACACUGUACUUCCGGCCAUUUUACUUUCAGGUUUUCAGAUGAGUUAGCAGCAGACUAUUCUCUGCUACUGUAAGGAAAUCAGCAAUCCUUAGACAAGCUUCCUUUUCCUGUUGUGUCUCAAUCACUGGCCAGAAAAAGAACUAUGAAAGCUGAAGUACAGAUGAGCACUGUCUGAAGUGCUUCACAGAUUACAAGCUAGAAGGAUGUCUGGACAAUCCACCAGACACAAAGGUUCUUACUGUUGACCAACUUUUGCCAGCGAAAUGUUUGUUAAUAUAUGCAUAAUAGAAAAAAAGGACAUAAUAUAUUUAAAAGCUUGGCUUUCAAAGAAAGCCAUAUACUUUAGAAAAACAAGUAUUAUAUCCUUCAGGCACACUACAUAUAGUAAAAUAUUAUAAAAAUAGAUACUUUUCUAAAAUUUACACUGUGUUAGGCACUGUAAGUGAACCUGCUCUCCCUGAAAAACCUGGUGUCCCUGGAAGCAGUAAAUGAUGUUAGCUAUAUGGCCCACAGUAACACUGACAGCUGCAGCUACUUCCAAAAAUUUUUCAGCCACAUACUUUCACCUUCCAGCUAAGGAUAUAACACCAAAGUCUUACAGAAGAGACUGGAACUCCUACUGACCUACAGAUCCAUCUACUAACUCCCACAAAGGGAGGACUGGAAGAAGAGUUUACUUUUCUCUUGAUUAAAAUGAAAACCCUGACUUAAGAAGGACUAGUUCUGCUUCAUGUAGAAAAUGACUGAAGAAAUCAUUCUGCUUCACUGCAUUUUGAUUCACAUUUGAACCAUGAACCAGGCAGAACUGAUGGCUCAAUAGCUUUAUACAAGACUUUAAAAUUCAACAACUUGAAUAUUUUGCUAAAUCUGUACUUCCCUAUUUAAAAACACAUUUCAGUACAGAUUAACACUGAAUUUGUAGGUCUUUCAUCUGUCCUGGUAGUGGCAGUUAAGACUUGUGAAGAUCAACAUAGCAAUUGAGAGAAACCAGAGGAAUAACAAAAGCCAUCAACAGCUAGCACAGCACGCUUGCUACCUACUGAAACAAGCUGCAUUCUGAAGUGUAUGCAGACAGCACUUUUUAAAGAUAUUACUGAUCAUUGAAAGGAUAAGCAUUUUUAAAGAGGUUUUUCUUCUAUAAAUAAAGAAUAUUUACAUUUUUCUCAGACAGGAAACAGCUUCAGGGCUUUACACCCUCUUGCCUGAAAUGGAGAUUUGUAAGACUUAAUGCUACAGAUAGUCAGGUUUUUCCAAUCCCGGGAGCUGGCUUGCGUUUUUCAAAACAGCGUGGGGUUUGCACAACCUCAAAUCAACUAAAGAUGCAGACAUUUUGUGAUUUUUUUCCCCCAUUUCCAAUCAUGAUUGCUGGAUAUGUUGCCAAAAAGUCUACUGGAGAGAUUAAUAUGAUUGCAAGGUUCUGAAGAAAUCAGCAUGCGACAUUUGAAAAGAUUACAUUUUAAGACAGGAGUGAAGACAGAACAAUCUUCUUAGCCAUCCUUCAAGGAAAGGGUUCACAGGAGUUUCAUGGCUCUCUGCUACAGUCUCUAAAAUCCGUUCUGCCAAUGUCUUGGGAAAUUCCAUUUCUUCCUCAGAGAUCAAUGCUGGUGCACUGAGUUGUCUUGUCAGAAAAAAGGUAGACAGCAUGUGUUUGGUGUUUUUUUUUUUUUUUGUAACAGCUUCUAACAAAAACCAUGAGCAGGGAAAAAAAAAA